AUGUCCCCAGGCAAGGGUGUUCACCCAUGGGCUGAUAGGUUCUCUAAAGCCCAAAGAGGGGCCCUGCCCUGGGGCUGUGUACAGUGGGUCCUGACACAGACACACUUUGUUCUCCUCCUGCAGUAACUUCCAGUCGUCAGCCAUGUUCGAGAGCUCUGAGUCAGCAGACGCUGAGGGAGUCAGCACAGACAGCACCCUGGGAUCCUCCGUCACCGCCUGCAAGAAGGUAAAUACAUGAAUGUGUGUGUGUGUGUCCCUCUCCCUGGUGAGGGAGAGUUAGUGCCAUUGCAACAGACAGUCAUCUAGUUGGAUUGAUCAUCUCAAUGUGACAGGGAGACAAUGAGAGAAAUGGCAAAUAACAAUGGUCUCAGGGGGGAGAUUACGUUGAAUUUCAACCUCUUCUGUUCUGCUGCCCCUCCUUCCUCUUGAAUAAGGAGCAUUGUCCGUCGAUAUUGCUGUUUGUUCAGUUACUUAAUUAGUAGACGGGUCGUCAAGUUAAAUUACUUCUAUUGAGCCUCGCCGCUCUGUCGCUAACAUACAUAAAUAAUAUUACAUCACAGGAGGUUGGUGGCACCGUAAUUGGGGAGGAUGGGCUCGUGGUAAUGGCUGGAGCGGAAUUAGUGGAAUGGCAUCAAAUACAUCAAACACAUGGUUUGAUGCCAUUCCAUUAGCGCCGUUCCAGCAAUUAUUAUGAGCCGUUCUGCAGCCUCCACUGUAUUACAUGUAGCAUUUGUAAUAGAAGUCUCUGCACAAUGACACAAAACUAUUUAUAAAGACAAGAUUUCAACCCUAACUGUAGGUCAGGUCCCCUGACUUGACAAAGACCUAACAAUCUAAAUAUUGUCUUAAUAAGAUACAUGUGGGAGAAUAAUAUUAUUUUUGCUGGUGAACAUUUACUAUGAUAUCAAGCACCUGUAUGAAGCUGGGUCAUGUUCAUUGGUGCACAUCGUUGCAAAACAUUUUGCAACGGAAUACAAAAUUAAGCAUUUAUUAUUGGACAAGUUGAAAUAGCACCUCCCCGUUUUGGGCAGUUAUCUCCCGUUUUGUGCCUAAUGAACACGACCCUGCCCUCACUCCAAGCUCUGCCAAAUUGUGAUUUCAUGACCAUGAGGCCACCUGAGUGUUAGUCACCUCUACCUGGCCCUGGCCCAAAGCAGAUGGACAACACCAGAGGACGAUGGCACUGGGGGCAUGAUGGAGUCAACCUAGAAAUACACUAUGGAAAUUGUUAUUGUUUUGUAGCCUGACUAUCCAUCCACAUCGCUCUGGCCAAACGCCACACCCAUUAGCAUUUAUUUUCCUAGAUUUGCUUUCCUCCCUGCUUUCAGGGGGUUGGGUUAAAUGCGGAAGACACAUUUGGGUUUAAUGCAGUCAGUUGUGUUGACUAGGUAUCCCCUUUCCCUUCUUAUUGGUCACAGACAUCGAUGGGUUGGGCCAGAGCCGGCCUGGCCUGACGUAAUCAGCUUUGAUAGUCUGAUUGGUUAGAGGUGAUUCGAUCGCUGAUGAAUUCGUUUUUUUACAACGCCCCUCAUUUUGACGUCAUUUUGUCUAGGAUGGCAGUUUCAGACUGAAUGUAUGUGAAAGGUUACAUUUGAAAGGUUAUUUUAUGGAUUAUCCUGUUGUAUCUCCUGAGGGAUCCCAGUGACUUUCAAAGUCUUAGUGACAACCAGCACCAUUUACCCAAUACUAAAAUAAUCAAUAACUCUUCAUAUGUAUUUAUGUGUCCCUCUGACAAAGGAACUCUUGACUCUUAUUGGAAGUCGCAGGUUAACAGGACUUGAUACUUAACCCAUAGUGUCCUUUGAAGCAGCCCGCGGGGAAGCGUAAAAACACAGUAAAUAUGUGGAGUGUAAAUAGGCUAACUGACAGACUAUUGAUCCCUCUUACAGAGCAAGGUCCCACAGAGCACCUCUUGAACAAAGGGCCUGUAGAGAUCUUUAUAGCCAGAGGGUAAACACUAAGAUUGUCAGCUGAAGGUGAAUGGGGGACUCGUGUGUGUGAGUGUGUGUGUGUGAGAAUGUGUGCAUUUGUAUGUACUUUCCUAUAUUAUACAUUCUGAGAAUGAUUUCAGUCAUGUGUCUGUGUGUAAGAGUGUGUGUUAUCUGUGCCUUCCAGGUGCUGUGCAGUAGCAGUGUGCUGGACUCGUCAGAGUACUGGCUGAGGAAUGAGAAGGCUCUGUGCAGGCUGGGCCUCCUGGAGGAUGACGCUGAGGGGAGAUGCAACACGGUGAGUUGUGUGUGCCUGUGUUCCCAUUUUUAAAAAUGCAAAACAGGCUAUCCGGCAUAUCGGGAUGAUUUUAAAAUCCUAUUAAAUUCUUUAAUUUGUAACUAUAUGUCUGCCACCAAAUAUAUGGCAAUGUAUAGCACUUUGUAGCACAGGAAUUAUCCCUUUGGGACACAACUGGUAAGAGCUGGUGUUCUUACUAGAAAACAAAGGUUUCACUAGUCUGUCUGUCUUUUCCCUCAGUCUCAUUCCGAGCUCUGGAGCGAUUAAAAAGCUUUUUAAUCUUCCCAUUGUAUGUGCAAAUGAGACAGUGCCGUUUUUACACAAUGUGUCCAGAUCCCAUGAAUCCCUGGGGUGUUUUAUGUGAGCAGGAAAAGAUGCCAGCCAUCUUCCUGUAGCAUCGCCUCUCUCUCAGUGUGUGCGUGUGUGUGUGCCUGUGUGUGUGUGUGCGUAUGUGUGUUGCCUCUCUCCUCGGUGACAAAUUGUACAGCCUCUCAAUUCGCAAAUCAACUCUUCCCGGGUUACACAACUAAUCAAUCAAAUGUAAAAGAAGAGUCACUAAUGUGACUGUGACUGUGACUGUGAGUGGGUCCUCAGCAGACAGUCACAGUGGGAGAGUGGAUGAGGAGCAGGGGGUAGGGGUGUGUGUGUGUGUGUGUGUGUGUGUGUGUGUGUGUGUGAGAGAGAGAGAGAGUGUGUGCAUGUGUGCACGCUUGCGGGUGUGCUUGUGUGUUUGUUGAUUCCCCCCACACCCUCUUCUGUUAACCAGGAUUAUCACAGUAAUAUGCCUGUGGCCAUAUCAGCUUAGUUAAUUACAGACCCUAGGCCAGGAGUAAACAGGGUCUGUGUCAGUGAGUGUGUGGAAUGCAGAUUUAAUAAGCUUGAUGGGAUAUGGUUUUUGUUUACUCCACUAAGGGUUUUGGUUGGGGAGCGGGGGAAGGGUUGGUUUAUUAGUGUGUUCAUUUGGUUCAUUUAUGGAAUCACCUAAUAUGGUGACUUUUAUCAAUGUGAUUGUUACAAUGUGAUUGUUACAAUGUGAUUGUCAUUGAUUACACAUUCAGCGGCAGCAGAGGUAUUUAAGUUAAGCUCCGAGGUCGUGUUUACGACAGGAUCAAGUUUAUUGUCCCUGAAGGGAAAUUGUCUUGGACACACAGUGCUAAUUUGGUGACAUUGAUAUGUCAUCCUGGUGUUCCGUUUCACAAAGUAUGAUAUCUUUAUUAACCACUCAUUUCAUAUGAUGGAGACAAUAUGGCCACACAAACUGGUUGAGGAUGUGACAAUUACAGUGACGUAUAUUCCUGAAUAGAGACAGGAAUGUGUGUGUGGAAGGCUCAGGAAGGAAAUGGGACUAUGCACUCAGGAGCUCAAAGUGUUAAGAUAAAAUCUUGUAAGUUCUCUCUUUUCACUCCUCACCAAAUCUAGGUCUUGUCACCUUUGAUCACUCGCUCAUGUUUUAAUGCAUGAACUGAACUCACAGUGAGGUGUUACCUAGCUGCAAUAGUCACAGUGAAUUUAAUCAGACCCCUGAACACAUUGACGGAGGGUAAGCAAUUUGGAACCGAAGUCUUCGGCACCAUUAGUUCUGCUCUGCUAGUUACAGUGAAGUUACAGAGUUAUGUUUCCGAUCCUAUUCUAAACACUUAUAGAGAUGAGAUCUAUAUCAUUGUUCAUCUCAGACCCCAGAACCAAAUAUUGCAUGCACUAAUAAUCUGUCACGAGAGACUAUCACUAUCAUUCUAUGCCAUCAACAUCAAAACUAUUCCCAGUUUCACUCUCUCUAUCUACACACUGCCACACGCACGCACGCACGCACGCACGCACGCACGCACGCACGCACACACACACACACACACACACACACACACACACACACACACACACACACACACACACACACACACACAAACACACCCACCCCUCUUCUUGUUUUGAAACCCACAGCUCUCAGUCAUCCAUUCAUCUUUAGGUUUAAACACUUCAGAGCGAGGUAGCGUACACUUCAGCUAUCUGUCCCAUACAGGCCUCAUAAAAUGGGGCGGCAGGUAGCUUAGUGGUUAAGAGCGUUGUGCCAGAACCGAAAGGUCGCAGGUUCUAAUCCCCGAGCCAACUAGGUGAAAAAUCUGUCGAUGUGCCCUUGAGCAAGGCACUUAACCCUAAUUGCUCCUGUAAGUCGCUCUGGAUAAGAGCGUCUGCUAAAUGACGUAAAUGUAAUGUAAAUGUAAAAAAGCCCCAGUGAGGAAGAGUAGACUAACAUGCCAUCUGCAGCAGAGGAACUGACUUACUGCAUGUGGACACCUGGGUUGUGUUCAUUAGGCAUCAAACGGAAGAAAACAGACUGAAACAGGGAAGGACGACCUGAACUUGCUUAUUUGCCAUUGCAAAAUGUUUUGCUAUGGUGUGCCAUAAUGAACAUGACCCAAAGAGUCCUCACUGCUGUUUCUGCUGCCAGGUUCUAUGAUUAAACAUCAUGUCAAUGUCUUUAUUCUACUCUCUAAGGCAGGGGUGUCAAACGUCCGGCCCGCGGGCCGGAUCAGGCCCGCAAACGGGUUUAAUCCGGCCCGCGAGAUGAUUUUGUAAAGUAUAAAAAUGAUAAAGAAACUGCUGUUCCAAUUGUGUCCACUGGAUGGCGCAAUAGCAAUUGUGUUAAUCAAGCAAACUGUUUAUACCGGGGCAGAGCAAAUAGGUCAAGCAAGUGCAGCCAGUCCGGAUGAGCUACUUUGUUUUGCCCGCGAUAUUUAUUACGGCUUCUACUUUUAACAUUAUGUGCUUUGGCACCCUCAUUGCCCCAAUAUGUCUCUGUCAAAAAAGAGAAAAGUGUACGCAGAGUGCAGAGUGUUCCAAGAAAAAUUGUCAUCCUUCUAUUUAUUCACGGAAUUGAAUGGGAAAGCUGUAUGUUUGGUGUGUUCACAGCAUGUUGCAGUGCUGAAAGAAUAUAACCUUCGUCGCCACUAUUUGAGUCUUCAUGCCGACAAAUAUGACAACUUUCAAGGACAGCGGAGAAGAGAGAAGGUGAAUGAACUGUUGGCGGGUCUGAAGAAACAGCAGUCUGUGUUUACUCACAGCCGAGACAUCAGUGACGCUGCAGUGAAAGCUAGCUACCUCAUUGCUAAUGAAAUCGCAGUGGCUUCAAAACCAUUUAGUGAGGGUGAAUUUGUAAAAACAUGCAUGAUGAAGGCAGCGGAGAUUGUGUGCCCUGAAAAGCACCAGGCUUUUGCAAAUAUCAGCCUGACAAGAAACACAGUUGCAGACAGGAUUUCCGAUCUUUCAGUGGAUUUGGACAGCCAGUUGAAGCAAAAAGUAAAGUAAAUUAUUGCGUUUUCGGUUGCAAUUGAUGAAAGCACGGACAUUACAGAUGUUGCACAACUGGCCAUUUUCAUCCGCAGAGUUGAUGACACAUUGACCGUCACCGAGGAGUUGGUGCCGAUGACAGAUACAACGACAGCAGCUGAUAUUUUCACUGCACUCGUCAGCGCGCUGGACAGGGUCGGAGUGGACUGGUCCCGCGCUGUCAGCCUGGCUACAGAUGGUGCGCCCUCAAUGAUCGGGAAAAAAGCAGGCGUUGUGACAAAGUUCAGAGAGAAAGUGCAAUCUGCAAAUGGUGGACGUGAUUUUUGGACUUUUCACUGUAUUUUGCACCAGGAGGCUUUGUGUUGCAAGUCAUUAAAGAUGGAUAACGUCAUGAAGGUGGUUAUUAUUUUUAUUAUAUCAUUAUUAUAUUAUUAUAUUAUAUUAUUAUUAUAUUAUUAUUAUUAUAUUAUCCAAACUGUUAAUUUCAUCCGAUCCAGAAGCCUGAAUCAACGUCAGUUUGACAGCCUUCUCAGAGAGAAAGACCACAUCUAUGGCCUGCCAUACCACACUGAGGUAAGAUGGUUAAGCCGAGGUGCUGUGCUGAGGCGUUUCUUUGAUUUACGAGAAGAAAUUGAACAGUUCAUGGAAGAAAAGGGCAAACCAGUGUUAGAAUUUCAUUCCGCAGAAUGGAUGCAGGACCUUGCAUUUAUGGUGGAUGUUACAGAGCACCUGAAUAACUUGAACAAACAGCUGCAAGGGUGCAACAAAGUUGCCACGCAGUAUUAUGACAGCAUACGUUCUUUCAAGUUGAAGCUGUCAUUGUGGGAGACGCAACUCGCCGGUGGUGAUGCAGCUCACUUCCCCUGUCUGAAAAAUGUGUGCGCGACCCAACAUGUGGCAGACAUGAAGCGGUUCAAAGAUAAAAUAACGGGACUGUUAAGGGAGUUUGAGCAACGCUUUCAGAUUUUUGGUGAACUGGAGAAAGACUUCAACGUUUUUUGUUCGCCAUUAACCGUGAAUCCCUCUGAUCUGCCCGUCAGCAUCCAACUUGAAAUAAUAUACUUGCAGUGUGACUUGGAUUUGAAGGGCAAAUUUGCCGCAGCUGGCUUGGACACAUUUUAUCAGAAUCUCUUGCCAGGUUACCCCAACUUGACAGCCCUCGCUGCAAAACUGUUGUGCAUGUUUGGAACCACAUAUCUUUGUGAGCAAGUUCUCUGUAAUGAGCAUAAAUAAAACAAAGCUGCGCUCAAGGCUCACGCACAAGCACUUGAAUCACAUCCUGUAGUUGGCUGCCACUCAGGAUGUGACGCCUGAUAUUGAUGCGCUGGUGAAAGCUAAAAGAUGCCAGGUAUCAGGAGUCAAAUAAACUAUGCAACCCCACUUAAAGUGCUGCAUGAGACACCCUGAUAUAGUUCUGUGAUCUGUGAUAUACUUCUGUGAAUCACUGAGGCAUUGUGUGUUUGUGUGUUGUUUGUCCUCAGAAUUUCAAAUAGCUUGAGGUGUUUUAUGAUUCAUAGUGAUGUUGUGCUUUUGGACACACUGUCCUCAGGCUCCAGCUUUAUGUUUAUAUGUUUUUAUGUUGAUGUGCUAUUGUUUUUAAUUGAUUUUAUUUUAUUUGUAUAUUUAACCUAUUCUUGACUCUGUGGUUCUUGCACUUGUUUGGGGAACAGGAUUUCAUUAUUUGUAUCUACAUUUCUGCCUGAGAAAUGACACCCUGAUAUAGUUCUGUGAUCUGUGAAACAGUUCUGUGAAUCACUGAGGCAUUGUGUGUUUGUGUGUUCUUUUUCUUUAGAAUUUUCAAAUAAACUUGAGGUGUUUUAUGAUUAAUAGUGAUGUUGUGCUUGUACUAUUUUGGACACACUGUCCUCAGGCUCCAGCUUUAUGUUUUAUGUUGAUAGUAUUAAAACAAAGAAAACAAUCUAAAGUUGUUGUUUUUAAGUUAUAUAUACCAUGAUUUUACCGGUCCGGCCCACUUGGGAAUAGAUUUCCCUCCACGUGGCCCCUGAGCUAAAAUGAGUUUGACACCCCUGCUCUAAGGUCUCUAACUGCUGCAUCUAUGUAGAUAAUUGAAUGGUAUUCAAUGAGGGGAGCUGAAAAAUACUGAAUGUAAGCUGUAUCUCACGGCUGAUGGUUAGGACGGAGUUAGUUACAUUGAUGAGAUGAGAUAUUCCCAAUCCGUAUCAUUCCUCACUGCUCUAAUUGCCUGCUUGGUCCCACAGCAACUGUGUGUCUGCCUGUCUGCUUGCUUGUGUGCCUGGGUCGAGGAUUGGGUAUGACCAGCAAUGGGACAUCAUUACCAGUUAGUUAUAUUAUAUAAUAUUAUUCCAGAGUUGGAGGCAAAGGCUGAACAGGAGUAGACACUAUACACAUUAGUGUUGUGAAUAUUCACUGAGCUCCACAACUAUAAUCUCCCAGAACUAAAAUAUUGUGUAAUUUGGACAGCAAGGUGAUUUUCUUUGGUUUACGCACAAUCUGUCCACGACAGAUUACCACAACCCAGACCAGCAUACAUCCAGUGCACAUGUAAUGCCUCAUGGCUGGCGCUAUUGCUUGAAGGUAAGGGGUCAGGAGCCACAGAAGGAUACCAAGGAUGCAUUUCAAAUGGCACCGUAUUCCCUAUUUAGUGCACUGCUGUAGUGCAUUAUAUAGGGAACAGGGUGCCAUUUGAGACACACAAGUGGCUCACAGUCACAACAUGGCCUGGCUGUGGCGGGCUUACAUAACAACCACAGGGGAACACACAGAGGACACAGGAAGAACGACUGAGUGUGCUGAGAUGAGAGCAAUGAGGCAUAGAGAGAAAGAGAGAGGCAGAGGUUAUAGUUGAGAAGAAGGGUGUGAAGGAGGGAGAGAUUGAGUGAGGGGGAGAGGAUUUGUUGUUGAGGGAAGAGGAAGAGAGCUUAAAUGUGGGUGGAGGAUGGUGUGCAUGUGCGCUCGUGCAAAUUGAUUGUCAAUUAGGUAAUUGGAAGGGUUUGUGAUGCAUUCUGUGUAAUGAGUAUUGCUAUAAGAGGCAUGCCAUUGCUUUGUUUGUGAUACAAGACAGACAGGGAGGAAAAAUAUGGUGGAAGUGGAUGCUGAGUUCGAAUCAAGCAGCGAGUCAAGAAAAGUUGUUGAAGAAGAAUGUUCUGAAUGGACAACAGUAGUAGUCGAAAACUGGAACAAAAAGGAAAUUGUCUAAAAUUGGAGUGGAGGAUACGUGUAUGAAUGAUAAUGAAUCGCUUCUUGUUGGGAUGCGUUUGUUGAGUAAGGAUGGAUAUGUGGGAAACCCAUUUGAGGUGUCAAAGUGGAGUCUGUCAGAGUGACCAGGAAUGGUCUUAUUUUGAUUAAUUGUAUUUCUGAAGAACAGAGGAAGAAUGCAGUGAGCCUCAAAAGAAUCCGAACAACAGAAGUUUUGUGUUUUGAACUUCAGAGUAGAGCACCUGUCAAAGGAGUCAUCUCAGGGGCGACGACGGAUGUUCAGGUUGAAUACCUGAAGAAAAGUCCUGAAGGGCUUGGUGCCCGGCGUCUGACCCGCUGGGUGAAUGGAGGAAAAUAAGAAAGUCUGUUGUCCUGUUAUUUUUUGAUAAAGAGCAAAUACCUACGCAUGUGAAGUUUGGUUAUGUAAGAUACGCUGUAAGAGCUUUCGUCCCCAAACCACUGCAGUGUAAGAAUUGUAUAGGAUUUGGCCAUGUUUAAAGUGUGUGCAAACGGACAGAGUAUAUUGAAUAACGGUGUGUAGAAGGACAACAGUGUUGCAAUUGUGGUGGGAAUCAUGAUCCCGAGUUCCUGGAGUGCCCUGUAUUGGUGAAGGAGAUUGAGGUGGCAAAAGUUAGAGCGGUCAAUCGAAUCGCCUAUGCGGAGGUGAUUCAAAGAUUUGAGAAAUCAAGUGAUGCUAGUGAAGAGAUGGUAGUGGACACACCACAGCCUGUAGUAAAUGUUUGCUGCCAGUCAAAAGAUACCCUUUGUGUUAGAAAGGUGGACUAUGUGGCAUUCAUUGCCACAGUUAUAAACUGUACGGCACGAGUCUCAAAGAAGUCUAAGAAACUGGAAAUUAUUGUGGCUGCGGCAGAAAAGUUUUGGGGUUUUACAUCUGAAGACUUGCAAUGGGUACUGGCACUGGAAGACCUGCCCUCCCAGGUUCCCCUUGAGCCUGUGUAGGGAUCAGAUCAGUUUAAUUUUUUAACAGAAAAGUUGUUUAGUUUAUUUAUUUAUUGGUAAUUCUGUAGUUUUUUUGGGGGGGGGGUAUUUUGUUCCAUUUUUGGGAAUCCUGUUUCCAUCCCGCACAGUAGGUGGUGGGAUGCACAUUAAGUUGUGCAAUCGCCAAUACACCAUAGAAGAAGAAGACAGACAGGUAACAGGUUGGUAUGCUGCUGGCUUUACAGGCAAGAUUGGAGCCUGGGUUUUCUUUUGUUAGAGCUAUUUUUGAUUCCGAUAUGUUUAUUAGGCCUACCUUUUGUUCAUUGUCCUGUUUAUUUAAAAAAUAUAUAUAUUUAUACAGUUUUGCCUUCUUAUCUUCACGUUUGCUAAUAAAAGCUCAUUCUGGGCAAGUCUAGAUUUGCUGUUGCCUCCUCACUAUUGAAAUCCUACUGCAUGGUAAAACGGACAAAAACAGUCAAGGAGGGACUACCUAAAAAAAUGUAUCUGUUGCAAAACAUUUUGCUACAGUGUUUUCUAAUGAAUAUGACCAUUUCACCAGCAUGUUAACUGAGACAGAGAGGAGAGGGUUAGUUAUUUAUUUUUUAUAAAAUGUCCACCACUGUUUGCCUCAUGACUCCUCUCUGCAAAAACCUAUUUAUUAGUUUCCAGUUUGAGUCAUCCAGCUGGCCCUGAUUUGUUAUGGUAUUUAAAGUAGAAUCACCCUGAGGUUGUGAUUGGUCGCUGGGCUGGGUUGACCUGGAGCCUGGAGCACAGCUGUAGAUUUGCCCGCUUGUUGGGCGCCCAGCGCUGUCCUCCAGCCGCCAGGCACCCAUCCACAGGACGCCACCUCAGCAGGGGCACAACAUGAGAGGAAAUGCACACAUAGAUAAAUUAUGAGCCAGAAUCGCAGCAUUUAUCAUUAGGGCCGGGAUGAUACCAGUAUCACGAUACUCGUUCGUAUCAUGGCAAGGAAACGAAACAUUAUGUUGUCAUCCUGAGUUACAUGUAUUUGCCAAGCUAUAGCACCCAAUAUUUUUAUUUUUUAAAUAUUUUUUAUUUUUUAUGUAGGGUGUAGAUCAACUUUAAUAUUGCAGAUAGAUUGUAACUUCCAUCAAUCUAAUUGUCUGCAUCACUUCCAAUCCCCCAUAUGUUUAUUUCUCUCGCAAAUAUAUAGCUCAGUUGGUAGAGCAUGGCGCUUGCAACGCCAGGGUUGUGGGUUCAUUUCCCACAGGGGGCCAGUAUGAAAAUGUAUGCACUCACUAACUGUAAGUCGCUCUGGAUAAGAGCGUCUGCUAAAUGACUGAAAUGUAAAUAUAUAUAUAUAUAUAUAUAUAUACAGUGAGGGAAAAAAGUAUUUGAUCCCGUGCUGAUUUUGUACGUUUGCCCACUGACAAAGACAUGAUCAGUCUAUAAUUCAAAUGGUAGGUUUAUUUGAACAAUGAGAGACAGAAUAACAACAACAAAAUCCAGAAAAACGCAUGUCAAAAACGUUAUAAAUUGAUUUGCAUUUUAAUGAGGGAAAUAAGUAUUUCACAAAAGCUCUUUCACAAAAGCUCUCAACCUAUAACCUAUAUACUUAUUAUGGACACAGUAUGCUUACAUUAUUAGUUAUCUUGUUGUUAUUAGUUGUUGUUAGUUGUUAUUAGUCCCAUCCUUCAACUCCAUUCAACACCACCCAUCUAUCUCUUAACACCAUCCAUAUUGGAUUUCUAUUUGCCAUAUAUUUUUCAACUGUACUGUGAUGUUUUACAAAAGUUCUGAACCUUUCUAUUCUCAUUGUUUCUACAGAUUGUACAUUGAAAAAAAAACAUUUUUGCUAAAAGUAUUAUUAUAUUAUUGAUCGAUUGACUAUGACCUUUCAGAUCACCCAGUAGUGCUAUCUGCAGGGUUAGCUCCAGGUAAAUAUUGCAAUCCUUUAGCCAUCCCUGGACCUUGUGUCCAAAAACAAGCAACCAAUGGACAGUACCAAAACAAAUUAUCUAAUGAUUCUGUCUCUUCGCAGCAAAAUCUGCAGAGCUGGGAAGAUUGUAUCCCCCAUAUAAAUAACAUUCUAUUGGCAGCAAGAAUUUUAUAUAAUAAUUUAAAUGGAAAAAUUCUAAGUUUUGAAUCCGGCGUCGUUUUGCGUAUCAGUUCAUAAACACUAUGCCAUGGGAUCGGUACGUCAAAAAUCUCUUCCCAACUAUUUUGCGAUCUAUAUGGGACGGCUGUCAAUCCUUUGGUCCUUAAAUGAAACUGGUAUACUUUUUUAUUUAUCACAGUUUUCUUUAACCAAUUAUGUUCUUUAAUGCAAGGCCGACAGACAAGUUCCUUACUUUUUCCCCCUUCCACUUUCCUCUUCCAUUUUGCGGUAAUGCUGUAAUUAUUUGGUUGUAAUUUUUUCCAUAUGUUUUUGUUAGCUGCAUGUGCGUCAUAACUCCACCAGUCCUACCGAUGAUAUCAUUUACGAAGAUUAUACCUUUUUUAAACAUUUUGUCCAAAAAAAAAAGUUUUUUUUUAAUCAAUUACCGGUAGUAUAUUUGAGUUUAACCACAAUAUUUGUUGCAUUAUUUGUUCUGUCCUUUCUAGAGGAUUAAAUUGAAAUUGCAACCAACUUUCUAUGGCUUGUUUUAGAAAUAGUGAUAUUUGGGAGAUUAUUUCCUUUUCAAAUAACUGAAAGUGAGAGGUUGUAAUCUGAAUAAAGGGAAAAAGGCCAUACUUGAACAUUGGGUGUAGCACUCAAUAUUUUACAUACAGCAGGUUUUUAAAGGACCAAAAUAGAAAUAUUGCAAUACUGGUAUUGUCCCGGCCCUAUUUAUCAUACAUACACGCGCACGUCACACGCGCACACACAUUGCACAUCCACACACACACACACAACUUGUGUGUGCAACCAAUCAGAACCCCUAUUCUCUAGCAUCUAUGUUGAUGUUUAAUCUCUUUUCGUCAGUUAGUCAGGCAGAGAUUUAAACGUCUGUCUGCUCUGAGGAAUUAGUGGUGGAGCCUCGUUCACAUCUGUGGUCUCUGCCUCUCAGAUGGGCCUCACUGACAGAGAUGGCUAGGUGGCACAUACAGCUCUCACCCCGAAAUCCAUUUUUGGAACUGCAGGCUAUUGCCACCCCCACCUAAUGGUGAUGGGGUACAAUGAUUUUGUCCUUGGGAAGGGCACCGUAUCUCCUUUUUUUUUUUUUACUCCUCUCUCUACCUCGUUCCUCUUCCCUCCCUACCUCUUCUUUUUGUUCUCCCCUGUUUCUCCCUCGCUCUUUCUCAGUCUUCAACAGUCAUCUCCUUAUUUUUCUCUGCAAUUGCUUUGACCUGCAUGCAAGAUACAAUAAGCCCAAAUAAUGUGAUAACCUUCACAACACCUCAGCUUGCAUGGGCUUGCUAGAACCACCAUUAUAAUAAGACAGCUUCAAAAUGGGUUAUACAAGUACCAGAGUGGGCUUUCUUGAAAAAAGGGAGAAGGCUGAAUGUGAUGGUAAUAAUGUAAAUGGGGGUGAAGUUGCAAUGUUCUGUGUUGUUUCACUCCGGUGGACAUUUUGACUCUCCUGAUAAAGAGCGCAACUCCAAUUUUCAAGCUACUCUUGCCGUUUUGUUUCCUCCGUUCAAUUCUAUCCCUUUUUCAGCUUUGGGGUGGUUAGCUCACUGUUUCAUCCUAUAGGCUACUUUUGAUAACACACCUAUGAAAUAGGCUGAAAUUAUGUAGAAAAAAAGAAAAAAAGUCAAAUCCACUCAUAACAGAGACUAACAUCCAUGAUCUCACAGAGUAACAAACUACAGAUUUAGCCUGAUUGGCAUAGAGAUAGAACCGUUUUAUCUCUAAGCUGAUUGGGCCAUUCGUUCCAGUUCCAGUCGCUGCAUCAUUUACCUCUGUUUGUAUUUCUCCUUAUGCUUCUCUUUUGAUGUCAGUCAGACACGUACAUGCCCUCCUCACCCCGAGAAGAGUCCAUUAACAUGGAACAUGACACGAGUGCCACGGACAAUAAAAGGGGAAGGGGAAAAACAUGGUGGGGCGCAGGGGGAAAAUAUGCUGAAUAUAGCCCACAGGCAAACCAGAGAGGAGAGAGAGGAGGCCUACAAGAUGGACCCCACAAGCAUUUGUUAUUUUACUUCAUUGAGUCACAUAGGGAAGUUAAUCAUAAAGAAUAAAUCGUACAGAAUUGAAUUGUGGGUAGCUAAGCUAAGCUCUUUGAGCUUUGAGGGCUUUCAGCAUGACGUACAUCAGAGAGGGUAUGUACGAUGAUCAAGGAGGUUAUAUCAACCGCUGGGAUUUACAAUGAUUGGUAUGUUGAUUAAUACAGGAAAUCAUUUAUUUCUUCUUUCUAGAAAAUAGAUAUAAUAUGUCCUCUGGCUGAAGCGUGUGGGCAGAAUAUUGGGUUUGGAGAGAUGGACCCGGUAUGUAAGUUCAUCUGGGAUGAAUAGAUAGAGAGAGCUGUAGAGAAAGAUGGAUAGAUAAGAGGAAGAACUGGUUGUAUAGUGUGUGUGUGUUACAGCAGGUGGGUGGGUGAGGCUGUCUGUGUUUAUUGGUCAAUGAGGGGAAAACAAGUUAUGAUCCUACUGCAACCAAGGGCUAUGCCUCACGCCCCUUUUCUAAUUAACUCAAUUAUUGAUUAAUACUUUCCCAAAGCAUUUGUAGCUGAAGUUUUACAUAAUUUCUCUCCACAACCCAGCCGCACUCCCACGGAAAUCGAAGUUUGACGGGGCGGCCAAUCUAUGCGUGAACAAACAACAUUCGUAGCACUUUGCUGUUCUAUAGUCUGGGUCGGCAAGUGAAAUAACAUACUAAUGCAACAAUGAAUGCUUUGGAAAACCCACCCCUGAAAUGAACAAUUGCAAAGCAAUCAGUGAGAUUAUUUCUGCAUUCCAAAUGGUUCCUUAUUCCCUUUAUAGUGCACUUCUUUUGACCAGGGAAUAGGGUGUCAUUUGGGACCCAUUCAGUAAAAUUCUAUCAGUCUGUAUGUAGGGACUGUCGCUCGCUCCCUGGGGACUGACUGACUGGGUGCCAAUUAGCCCUGUUGUGUCCUGCUUAGUCUCGCGUUGCCAUACCUCCAAAAUCACGUCCUGCUAGAGGCUUGUAAAUGGCCAGUGAGGGCUAACACAGCAUGAUUGCUUCCUCUGUCAGACUAGUAAUCAUGCUUUUAUCUGGGUAAAGUCAGGUCAUUGGAAUGGGGAGGUUGGCUACAUCACAGUCAUUAUUCUGGACUAUUUGAUGCUAACCUCUCAGGUCUCACUAGGUUUUUUUUGUAGCUUUACGUUACCACUGUUCUGAAGCUUUUUCCCUCUCAUUGCAGAUCUGCUUUGUGAAUCUGGACCAACAGAAGGUGGAUCGUCACGAGGACAGCUGCAUCAAGGUGUGCUGGGUCCCCUCUUCUCUUUUCAUCUCUCUUCUCCCCCCUACCCAUGCUUUCCUCUCCUCUCUUCCCUCUCCUCCUCCCUCCUCCUCUCUUCUCCUUUACUCCCUCCUCCCUCUUCCCCUCUCCUCCCCCCUACCCAUUAACUCCUCUGCUCCCUCUCUCAUCCUCUCUCCUCUCCUUUCCUCUCCUCCCGUUCCACUAGAGUCUUUCUUAACUAUCGUAAACACUGGCUCUGUUGCCAUGGAUUUAGGAUAAUUAGCCUGGGUGAGAGGGGUUGAUUUGUUUAGGUAAUUAUCAGCUUUGUGCUGGUGAUGACUGCCUGUGUGACUGUCACUGUGAUUGUGGGCGACGUCUCUCUCUCCUCUAGAAACUGGCUUCAAUCUCUCCAGACCUGCCCAAGCUGGUCGACUCUCUGAGCGUGCGACAGCCCAAGGUGAACGAGAUCCUGCUGCUCGGCGGUUUGGAGACUCCGGACCCCUCUCACCCUCACCAGUACCCCACACACACACAGGUGAGCGCACACACACACACAUACACACACAGGCACACACACAAGCACACACACUUCAUCUUCCUUCUCAUUUUAUAUUAAUGGUUUGUUGAGAUCCCUCCAUCCCAAAUCCAUCCACUGUCUGACUGACUCAUCAUCUCUGAGUAUUACACGAGCAGACAAGGUAGAACUCCUCAAUUAUUGAAUUAUUUCCUUCCUCUGUGUGUGUGUGUGUGUUUGUACCUGCGUGCCUGUGUGUGCGUGUAUAUGUGUGUAUAUAUGUGUGUGUAUGUGUGUAUUGCCUCCAGGGCCAGAGAGAUACAGAUUUGUGCCUGGUCCAGUGUGCUGGGGGCCGGCGGCCCACUAGCAUCAUCUAUGAGAUCAACAAGUUCCUGAUCGGGCUGCAGUGGGGUCAGGAGAGGCAGGGGUCCCAGGGGCGGAUGAUGGCAGGGCAGAGGCUGGAUGAUGACACCAACCGCUCCUUCUCAUCCAUAGAGGAGGACUUCCUGACUGCCUCAGAACACCUGGGGGAUGACAGCGAGGAUGACGGCUUACGAAACGGUGAUUUUCUCUCAUCCUUUUGAAUACCCAUGUAUUGUAUUUGAGUUCAAUGUAUUUUACUGGCAUAUGUGGUGAAUAUGAAAGUAGAGUAAAGUAGUCCUAUGUGGCUAAGUUUAUAUAGCAUGAGGAUAGCAAAUAUGAAAAUGUUGAUCUCAGUCACUGUUCUAGGUCACUUUCGACAAAAGUGUCUGCUAAAUGGGAUAAAUCAUUUAUUAUUUACAAAUCUACUAAUGUGAAGCACUCAUUUUGGGUGGAAAAAUGUCACAUUUUGUAAGGUAAUACGUUAUUCAGUAGCCUACUCUCAAAACAGGUCAGCUCAAUAAAAAUCUAAGUUGUUAUUGAUGUAGUGUUAUUAUAGAGUCUUGUACAGUGCAUUCGGAAACUAUUCAGACCCCUUGACUUUUUCAACAUUUUGUUGCGUUAUAGCCUUAUUCUAAAAUGGAUUACAAAAAUACAUCUACACACAAUACCCCAUAAUGACUUUUUAGAAAUGUUUGCAAAUGUAUUCAGACCCUUUGCUAUGAGACUCAAAAUUGAGCUAAGGUGCAUCCUGUUUCCAUUGAUCAUCUUUGAGAUGUUUCUACAACUUGAUUGGAGUCCACCUGUGGUAAAUUCAAUUGAUUGGACAUGAUUUGGAAAGGCACACACCUGUCUAUAUAAGGUCACACAGUUGACAGUGCAUGUCAGAGCAAAAACCAAGCCAUGAGGUCGAAGGAAUUGUCCGUAGAGCUCCGAGACAGGAUUGUGUCGAGGCACAGAUCUGAGGAAGGGUACCAAAACAUUUCAGCAGCAUUGAAGGUCCCCAAGAACACAGUGGCCUCCAUCAUUCUUAAAUGGAAGAAGUUUGGAACCACCAAGACUCUUCCUAGAGCUGGCCGCCCAGCCAAACUGAGCAAUCUGGGGAGAAGGGCCUUGGUCAGGGAGGUGACCAAGAACCCUUUGGUCACUUUGACAGAGCUCCAGAGUUCCUCUAUGGAGAUGGGAGAACCUUCCAGAAGGACAACCAUCUCUGCAGAACUCCACUAAUCAGGCCUUUAUGGUAGAGUGGCCAGACGGAAGCCACUCCUUAGUAAAAGGCACAUGACAGCCCGCUUGGUGUUUGCCAAAAGGCACCUAAACAAGAUUCUCUGGUCUGAUGAAACCAAGAUUGAACUCUUUGGCCUGAAUGCCAAGCGUCACGUCUGGAGGAAACCUGCAUGCUACGGUGAAGCAUGGUGGUGGCAGCAUCAUGCUGUGGGGAUGUUUUUCAGCGGCAGUGACUAGGAGACUAAUCAGGAUAGAGGGAAAGAUGAACGGAGCAAAGUACAGAGAGAUCCUUGAUGAAAACCUGCUCCAGAGCACUCAGGAUCUCAGACUGGGGCGAAGGUUCACCUUCUAACAGGACAACGACCCUUAGCACACAGCCAAGACAACGCAGGAGUGGCUUCGGGACAAGUCUCUGAAUGUCCUUGAGUGGCCCAGCCAGAGCCCAGACUUGAACCCGAACGAACAUCUCUGGAGAGACCUGAAAAUAGCUGUGCAGCGAUGCUCCCCAUCCAGCCUGAAAGAGCUUGAGAGGAUCUGCAUAGAAGAAUGGGAGAAACUCCCCAAAUACAGGUGUGCCAAGAUUGUAGCGUCAUACCCAAGAAGACUCAAGGCUGUAAUUGCUGCCAAAGAUGCUUCAACAAAGUACUGAGUAAAGGGUCUGAAUACUUAUGUAAAUGUUAUAUUUCAGUUUUUCUAUUUUUUAUAACUUAACAAAAAUUUCUAAAAACCUGUUGUUUUUGCUUUGUCAUUAUGGGGUAUUGUGUGUAGAUUGAUGAGGGGGGAAAAAAACAAUUUAAUCCAUUUUAGAAUAAGGCUGUAAUGUAACAACAUGUGGAAAAAAUCAAGGGGUCUGAAUACUUUCCGAAUCAGGAAUAGUCUACAUGUUCCUUAAAUGCUAUUCUUACCACUGAAGAUGUCCCUCGUCUCGUUUCAAAAGGGAACGACAGGCGUCCAGCCGUUUGUGCUGUUGUUCUCUUGUUCUCUCAUGCCUGUCAGUCUUCAUCUGUAAACACAUUUCUCUGUGGCUGGCUGGCUGCGUAGCUCCUUAGUGCGUGUGUGCCUCGCAUGGUGUGCCGUGCAGCUGAGUGCACAUACAGUAGAACAGAUCAAUGCCUGUCAUGAUUGAGAUUAAUAUACAGUAUAUGGCCCUGAACUUGGCGGCACUUUUCUGCACAAUGACAAGUCUCCGCUUAUCUAUAAUUAACAUCCUGUAAGCAGAGAUGGGCAGUAUUUCUGUUACAUUUAUUUGAAAUACUUAUUUUAAUUACUUCUGAGUAUUUUGUAAUUUGAAUUACACUGGGCUGAACUGCACUCCAAUGUAUUUUGUAUUUUCAAAAUACUGUAAUUUAUAACGGUUCACAUUUUAUGGCCCCCCCUUUCACCCUGCAUUGGUAUCAGAAGUCUGAUAGCACUAUGCUGUGAUAAAAGCAUCUGCUAAAUGAACUAAAUAUACAUGUAUAUGUAAAAAUGAACAAUUGCAAAGCAUGCUGAGUAUUAUUCUAAUGAGCUCCGCCCCGAAACAAUACACACUGUGCUUUGCAGUUCAUUUUCAUGGGGGUAGGUUAGCCUGUUCCCAGAUCUGUUUAUGUUGUAUUGUAGCCUGUGUAGCCAACUCUUAUGGUCAUUGGUAAGACAGCACAAACAUAACUGGGACCAGCUAGGGUUUGGUUGGUAGCUAUAGUCAGGUUUGAGUGAGCAAAUACUGCUCAGUGAAAGUCUGGUGUUAUUGCUAGCUUGGUUAAACCAGAGCUGGGUUGUCAUUGCUCUUGCUGUGGCACAUUGGGAGUUUGAUGGAACUACUCUCUAACAGUUCUGGACAUGCCUCUCUCUCUCUCUCUCUUUCUCCGCUCAGAGCCAGAGUGCUUAGAUGUGGCAGAGGGCUUGGCAGAUGCAGCACACAGCGACAGACCUGUGUGUCAGAGGGGACGCCUGGGCCAGCAUCAGUGGCAGGACAGUGAGGACUCCGAGAGCACCAUCUGCGCCCCCCUAGCCACCACGAAACGAGGAGGAAUGGUACCGGUGAGAGCUAGCAGUCACCACACCAAGGAGUCGGCCGGCCACUAUGCCACCAACCUGGCCGAGUCAGUACUGCAGGACGCCUUCAUCCGCCUGUCUCAGGAUGAACCGUCCUUCACCCCAGAGGCCGCUGUGAGCAUGUUCCCCAGUAGCCACCGCCCCCCCGCCAGCCUCGCCCGGACAGGAGCAGAGGAGCCCUCUCGGGCACGCGCCUGCUCUUUCGAGCUCCCCAAGAUCGUCAUAGUGCAGAGCCCGGAUAGCUGCGAGGGCCUGCCGGAGUGGCUGGGUACUCAGGCCUCUCACGUGGCUGUGGAGCAUGGUGUUGGUGGUGAUGCUGCCAGACAGGUACUGACGGAACACGGACCAGAGACCCAUGACUUCCGCCCUACCACCACUACCAAUGGACGCCACCCCACCAAACCCCUGCAGCGGGCCCUGGCAUGCGCUGCUAGUGUCAUCGGCACAAUCUCCAGCCCACAGGUAGCAGAGCAGCUGGCGAUGGAGCCAACAGAGGAGGACAUGGAGAGAGAGGGACAGAGGGACCCUGAGGGCACUGAUUACUCCUUCUCCUCAGCCAUGUGCGGGAUGGCCCAGGUGGCGGGGUCGGUGGCCGUGGUGGAGCUAGCCGAAGAGGCCGGGGAGGGGGGCUGUGAGUCAGAAGACGACUCCACCACCGAGGUCUACUCGGCCACCUCCGUGGGGCUCCUAUCUGCAGCACAGGCCUCCACGGCCAUCACCCUCCACUGCAGCGUGGCCGAGGGGACCAGCAUCGAGGCCUUCCGCACCAGUAUCGCUGAAGUUCUUCACAAAGAGGCAGCAGGGGUGCUGGCUCAGCCUCAGGACUACAAGAGUGUGGCCCACCUACUGGAGUCCACCCACAACAGGAUCGUGGACGGCAUCACGUCUCCCAAAAAGUCCUGUCUGGACAAGAUGGACGAGACGGAGGUGGACAAUUUCAUCAGCGAGGUGGCCGACGGCCUCUUCAAACACGCGUUCAAGAAAGCGAAAAAGAAAAAAGAACUGGAAGGCCCGGGCAAAGAUGUCCCUGAUAUCCAGGGCUUUCUGCAGGAGAGCGUGAGCAAUGUGCUCUUCGACAUCCUUUGUCUCACUUCAAAGCGGAUCGGUGACAUUUCCAAAUGUGAUAUAGGGUCGUUUGACAGACAAGAGGGUGAUGUCGGCUUCAGGGACUACGAGGCGGCCGCCACCACCAAGGAACCAUUAAGCCAAUUACUGCGCUUCGUUGGCUCCAGCCAGACCGAUAAUUGUGAAGCCCAAUUGGCAGAAAAGACGCCCGUCUACUCCAAGAUGAGGGAGGAGAAAUAUGGACUGGAGGAGAGGGAGAGUGAACAUUAUGGGUCUCACAGCUCGCCACAUAUCAGAGAGCAGCAGCAGCGCAGACAAGCUCCGACUAAAGUCUUGUCCUCUACUAAGGACUGCUAUGACCUCCAGGGCCAGCAGGCCAGAGGAAACAUCAGAGAGCCUUUUACAGAGAGCUUAGCCCACCAGGUCUCUUCAUCCCUGGGCACAGAGAAAAGAUGGAGAGCCAGUACGGACAGCAGACAGUCUUCUCUGACCCCUCAGUCCUCUUUUAGCUCCUCCUCCACAGGGGCCUUGGUCUGCCUAAAGAUGGACUCAGAGUCCAGAACUACCCCCGUCAACUACUUCGCUGAUGACCUCGCCACCACCGUGGUCUCCAUGGCUACUGAGCUGGCCGCCAUCUGCCUGGAGAACUCCAGCGGGAAGCAGCCGUGGUUCUGUGCCCUGAAGGGCGCAGCCGGCUACUACCCCGAGGGGGGUUACCUGCUGCCCUCCUGUUGCACGGCCCUCCGCAGAAAGGAGGGCCAGAACGGCGGUGUGGCAUCCAAAAAGCACCGGCCGCCGCGCCUCAGUGAGAUCAAGAGGAAGACAGAGGAGCAGCCCGAGUUGAUGGAGUGCCUGGUCAACCGCGUGGUGGAUGAGACAGUCAACCUAGACGACAUGCCCCAGACUCUUGACCCCUUCGCACUCUUUGCCUCCGAGGUCACCGCCCGCAUCAUGAACUGCCCCGAGCUCAAUGUGGUUGACACCUCCAAGCCCGGCCAGCAGACCCGCAGCCGGCUGCAGUGUGAGAGGUGGAGCCGGGGAAAGGCCGCCAGCUAUGAAAGCAUCCCAGAGGAGGACGCAGGCCCCCCGGGUACCCCCAACACCCUGGGCCCCGGCAGCCGGCUGGGCCAGAACCUGAGCAGAGGAGGCUCCAUCUCCAAGCAGUCCAGCUGCGAGAGCAUCACGGACGAGUUCUCCCGCUUUAUGGUGAACCAGAUGGAGACGGAGGGCCGGGGCUUUGACCUGCUCCUGGAUUACUACGCCGGGCAGAACGCCAGCAGCAUCCUGGCGGCAGCCGUGCAGCAGGCGGCCACCAAGAAGAAUGGCCACCUCAAUGUGAGGACCACCUCCUGUCUGUCCAAGCAGUCCAGCACAGAGAGCAUCACAGAGGAGUUCUACAGGUUCAUGCUCAAAGACAUGGACAAGGAGAGCAAAGACUACAGUAUGGGCAGAACUAAAGAGUGGAGCAACAGCCUAUUGCCUCCAUCUCCCAGAACCCUCUUCUGUAUCCGUCAGUCCUCCGUGCCGGACAGACGUUUCUCAGACUCCAGGCUGACCGUCAACUCGCCCAUCAAGGCCAACUCCUUUGACGGCUUCGUCCACAAUGGACACGGGGACACGCUCAACAUCUACCCCACCAACUCGGUGCAGGUGUCUGCCACGGGCCUGUGCAAGUCUGACUCCUGUCUGUACCAGAGGGGCCAGACGGACCAGAUCACCGACAUGCUGAUCCACGAGACCUGGUCCAGCUCCAUUGAGUCCCUGAUGCGGAAGAACAAGAUCAUUGUGGACCCGGAGGACAGCAUUGACCUGGUGGAUGCAGAGUCCCAGACCCAAGUGCUGCAGUAUGCCAACCGCCUGGCCGCAGACAUCGUGGAAACCGGGAAGUCUGUCCUGCAGGAAGGGGAUGGGGCUGGAGGAGGGGGCGUGGUGGGUCGACAGCAACACAUGCCUGUUGGGGAGAGGAGGAGGGGCUUCAAACAGUCCCGCCCUGGUUGCACCCGAAGCAGAGCCAGCCAGGAGCAAUCCGGAGGGGGCGGAGACAGCACAUGUACAACAGCGGGGCCCCCCAUCAGGGGCCCCAGGGAAGUCCCUGUACCGGUGAUCCACAUCGAAACAGAUCAGAGGGAUGAUCCAGAGUCUGGGGACCCGGUGGAAAGGGCUGGGCGCCGCCCCUGGGACCCAACGCCCCCUGAGGGGACAGCCCAGUGGCGCGCUGAGAGGGCCUUGGUGAGACGCAGCAGGUAAGUCCUCUCUCAGUUCACGAUUCCCCUGUGAGUCAAUCCCACCCUCAAACACACAAACAGGCUCUCACAGCAAAGGGGCAUCAUCAGUGGAGAUGAGAGCCUCACAAGACUAUCAAAGGCUGCAGACUCUCAGCUUGCUUUGAUCUCUGUGUGAGAGAGAGAGAGAGAGAGAGAGAGAGAGAGAGAGAGAGAGAGAGAGAGAGAGAGAGAGAGAGAGAGAGAGAGAGAGAAGAGAGAGAAGAGAGAGCUAGAGGAAGAGAUAGAGCUCCUCUCUCUCUCUCUCUUCUUCUUCUCGUCUAUCUCUCUCCUCUCAUCGCUCUCUCUCUCUCUCUCUCUCUCUCUCUCUCUCUCUCUCUCUCUCUCUCUUCUCUCUCUCUCCAUAGCGCUAUUAGUGUGAUGAAACAACAUUCACUUGCAUGGUAGUAUUUUUUUUCAUAGUCCUCCUUGGAAAUAAUUUUCCGAAACACCUUGAAUUGUGACUUCAUGUGUUUAUAAAUAGAAAACCAUCCAUGCGUUGUUAAACUGUUUAUAGUGUUGGGUAUCAGAGACCCAGCCACAUAAUGGCUUCUACUGCAUCCACAGAGAAAGUAGUCUAUUGUGAAAGUCUCUGGGAUUAUACAGACCCACAGCCAGGUUAUGAGUCAUGUUGCUGUGUUGGAGUCUGAAGCUUUUAUCUAUAUCUAACCUUGAUCUUCAAGGUGGCAUUGACAUGCCUCUAGUCACGACCGCAGAUACUCAUAAACAUUCAUACAAACCCAAAUACACACACACAUAUACGUAUAUACUCCCCCAUAUGUAUUUGGACAGUGAAGCAAAAAUUUUAAUUUGGCUCCAUACACCAGCAUUUUGGAUUUGAGAUGUUUCAUAUUAGGCGAGAGUACAGAAUGUCAGCUUUUAUUUGAAGGUAUUUCCAUGCAUAUCUGUUUUACUGUUUAGAAAGCACUUUAUGCAUCUAGUCCCCCCAUUUGAAGAAUACAUAAGUAUUUGGACACAUUCACUUGAAUUAAAGUAGUCCAAAUGUUGGUAUUUGGUCCUGUAUUCCUUGCAGGCAAUGACUACAUCAAGCUUGUGACUUGUUGGAUGCAUUUGCGGUUUGUUUUGGUUGUUUUGGAUUAGGGCAAUUCCACGCUAACAGAAUGAUGCUCAGAUUUUUUACUUUAAGAGGUAUGUCGAACAAAAAGCAAUGGUUUGUGCCGUCAUUUUGUUACCAAACUUUGCAUCUACACAGUUCUUCAAGUAAAUGUUUUUUGUAAAAAUGUCUGUGGAAAUUGUUAAAAGUCAUCCUUGUGCAUAGAGUUGUAUGGUUUGUUUAACUUUGCAAUCAUUGGUUUUUGUUUGGCAUGCAUUUAAAGUGAAAAAUCUCAGCAUCAUUAUGUUACCCUGGAAUUGCCCAUUAUGUUUUGCCAUUUUGGAGUUUUGCCAUUUUGGAGUCACUUUUAUUGUAAGUAAAUAUAGAAGAGGUUUCUGAACACUUCUACAUUAAUGUGGAUGCUAACAUGAUUAUGGAUGAUCAUGAAUGAAUCGUGAAUAAUGAGGAAUGAGAAGGUUACAGAGGCACAAAGAUCAUACCCCUCAAAAUGCUGACCUCCCCAGGUAUUGGUAAUGGUGAGAGUUAGCAUGUUUUGUUGUAGCCUCUUAAUGGCAUCUCACUCAUCAUUAUUCAUAAUGAAACAUCUUAUCUACUCACUUAGAAAGAAAAUUACUCCAGUCAUCAUUCUGGCAAAACAUAACCCAAAACACAACCAGAACAAAUUGUAAAUGCAUCCAACGAGUCAAGUUACAAGCUUGAUUUAGUCAUUGUGUGCAACGAAUAUGGGCCUAAAUUCUAAACUUUGACUAAUUUAAAGUGGAACUGACAGCGUUUUAACUAAUUUGCAGAUAUGAAACAGACAAUCAUAAUAUCAGUCAAAAAUAUCAAAUUCCCAUUUUAUGCUUCAAAAUAUAUAUAUAAAUUUGACCAAAAAUUCCAUGAUGUCUAGUAAGCCAUUGUUGGCCGAAUAUAUGGAUGCAGUUCAAUGCAUGAUGAAUAUAAUUCACCAAUAAAUGUCUUGGUAUUCCAAAAAAUAUUUAUAUCAGGUUGUAAAUCACAGCUGACCUGGUACAUUGUUUGCUGCCUCCACCCAUUUUGGAUGCACUGUUUUAGUUUCAAUAAAUCAAUAUUUUGAACAAAAACUGACGACUGUAACUAAGGCUGGGAAUGUCAAUACAAUCAAACUAGCAAGGGCAAUGAUCACAAGCCAGUCAUGAUGUGGCUAAUAGGCUAGCGCACAGGUGUCAAACACAAGGCCCACGGGCCGAAUAGGACACACAAGCGAGAAUAAAUGAGUCAACAGUUGAGUCAUCUACUUUAUGAAAUGACUGCCUGAUGUGCUCGCAUCGGUGAAUUCAACUUCAAUUGUGCUGCUUUCGUGUGUCCCGUUUACAGCGUGCAGCAGAGGGAAAGUGUACAGACCACAUGCCACAGUCCUAGCUAGGCUACUAAAAGGUUGCAGUCUGGCUUCGGUUUUAAAGCUUGACAAUGAAUAUCCCAAAAACUAAACCUGCAACAAAACACCAUACAAAGGAGAAACAUGCAGGCCUAUUACAGCAACAUUUGAGCAGUAGCCUAGGCUGGCUACUCAACUACAAGACAUUUUGAGUGCACCAUACAGCAAUGCUGCAUUCAACAAAACCGAUGAUCCAUGCUGUGAAAAUAAAUUAAAAACAUGUUUUAAGUUUAAAUGUUACAACAACCUAUAGCUACGUUUUUGUUAUUUGGAGGUAUUCAAUACUUUUUGAUUAAGGUCACAUCAUAUUAUGCACAUCUGCAAGCAGGGAAGCAAAGGCUGGACAAAUAUGAUUUAUCUCUUCUUUUGUUUUAAUAUGUUAAAAUUCUAUAUACAGUACAUCAUCCUAUGUACAUACAGUGCAUUCGGAAAGUAUUCAGACCCCUUCACUUUUUCCACAUUUUGUUACGUUACAGCCUUAUUCUAAAAUGUAUUAAAUAAAAACAAUUCCUCAUCAAUCUACACACAAUACCCCAUAAUGACAAAGCAAAAAGGUUAAUAGAAAUUUUAGCUAAUUAAUUAAAAAACAGAAAUACCUUAUUUACAUAAGUAUUCAGACCCUUUGUAAUGAGACUCGAAAUUGAGCUCAGGUGCAUCCUGUUUCCAUUUAUCUUCCUUGAGGUGUUUCUACAACUUGAUUAGUGUCCACCUGUGGUAAAUUUAAUUGAUUGGACAUGAUUGGAAAGGCACAUAUCGGUCUAUAUAAGGUCCCACAGUUGACAGUGCAUGUCAGAGCAAAAUCCAAGCCAUGGGGUUGAAGAAAUUGUCCGUAGAGCUCCAAGACAGGAUUGUGUCGAGGCACAGAUCUGGGGAAGGUUACCUAAACAUUUCUGCAGCAUUGAAGGUUCCCAAGAACUAAGUGGCCUCCAUCAUUCUUAAAUGGAAGAAGUUUGGAACCACCAAGACUCUUCCUAGAGCUGGCCGCCCAGCCAAACUGAGCAAUCGGGGGAGAAGGGCCUUGGUCAGGGAGGUGACCAAGAAUCCGAUGGUCACUCUGAUAGAGCUCCAGAGUUCCUCUGUGGAGAUGGGAGAACCUUCCAGAAGGACAACCAUCUCUGCAGCACUCAUCCAAUCAGGCCUUUAUGGUAGAGUGGCCAGAAGGAAGCCACUCCUCAGUAAAAUGCACAUGACAGCCCGCUUGGAGUUUGCCAAAAGGCACCUAAAGGACUCUCAGACCAUGAAAAACAAGAUUGAACUCUUUGGCCUGAAUGCCAAGUGUCACGUCUGGAGGAAACCUGGCACCAUCCCUAUGGUGAAGCAUGGUGGUGGCAGCAUCAUGCUGUGGGGAUGUUUUUCAGCGGCAGGGUCUAGGAGACUAGUCAGGAUCUAGGGAAAGAUGAAUGGAGCAAAGUACAGAGAGAUCUUUGAUGAAAACCUGCUCCAGAGCGCUCAGGAGCCCGGACUUGAACCCGAUCGAACAUAGCUGUGCAGCGUCGCUCCCCAUCCAACCUGACAGAGCUAGAGAGGAUCUGCAGAGAAGAAUGGGAGAAACUCACCAAAUACAGGUGUGCCAAGCUUGUAGCGUCAUACCAAAGAAGAAUCAAGACUGUAAUCGCUGCCAAAGGUGCUUCAAACCUUUGUGUCUGAAUACUUAUGUAAAUGUGAUAUUUCAGUUUGUAUUAAUUAUUUUGCAACAUUUUCUACAAACCUGUUUUUGCUUUGUCAUUAUGGGGUAUUGUGUGUAGAUUAAUGAGGGGGAAAAAACAAUUUUAUCAAGGGGUCUGAAAACUUUCCGAAAUGCACUGUAAGUGGACAUUAUUAUUAUUUUUAAAUAAAGAAAUGGCCAGUUUGGGUCGCAGUUGCACGUAAAAAACUAAUAGGCUAUGUCUGGCCCGCAAAUUCAUUUUGUUUUUUCAAUAUGGCCUGUGUGCUGAUUGAGUUUGACACCCCUGGGAUAGCCUAUCUAUUUCUGUAGCUAGCUAUUUAUUUACAAGCUAAAAACACAGAGCCUAAUGUUAGCUAGGCUGUCAUGUCAUUGGAGGAGUGGGUGAGUGAGUGACUUUUCCCCCUCAUAUCGUUUUUCGGUGGCCACAGCUAGUUGCAGGUGUCAUUUGGUUAGCUAGCAAGAAAUGUGAAUCGCUUUGCUAUGCUGAACUUAACGACUGUAAUCGACAGUUAGCAUAUCUCUUAGGUGUCAAUCAAAUGUAUUUGGCAUCGAUCAAAUGGGUAGGCAGGCAAGUUCCCCAUUCAGUUGUCAAAAUAUGAGUUGGGACAAGCAUGCAUUGGCAGGCAAGCUGCAGAAGGACGAGCAGGCUACUAUUCCCCAUCGUUUCUCAGUGCAAUGUUGAUGACCAACUAGUAAAAAAAAAAAAAAGGGUUUAUCUAAUGUUCCCUUAUUACACCUGGGGGUGUAUAUGAACAGAUUUCAAUAAGAUUUAAUGUUGCUAAAACACUGUCAGUUUCACUUUAAUACACAAAGUUUUGACCAAAUACUUAUGACUUCUUCACAUGUGGGGGGACUAGAUACAUGAAGUGCUUUCAUUUCUAAACGGUAAAACAGAUAUGUAUGAAAAGAAAAAAAAUCCCAGAGUGGCGCAGUGUUCUAAGGCACUGCAUUGCAGUGCUUGAGGCGUCACUACAGACCCAGGUUUGAUCCCAGGCUGUGUCACAACCGGCCGUGACCGGGAGUCCCAUAGGGCGGGGCACAAUUGGCCCAGCGUUGUCCAAGUUAGGGGAGGGUUUGGUCAGGUGGGCUUUACUUGGCUCAUCGCGCUCUAGUGACUCCUUGUGGCAGGCCGGGCGUCUGCAGGCUUACUUCGGUCGUCAGUUGAACGGGUUAAGCUGGCUUCCGGGUUAAGCGGGCAGGUGUUAAGAAGCGCGGUUUGGCGGGUCAUGUUCAGAGGACGUAUGACUCGACCUUCGCCUCUCCCGAGCCCGUUGGGGAGUUGCAGCAAUGAGACAAGAUCGUAAUUGGAUCACAAUUGGAUAUCACGAGAUUGGGGAGAAAAAGUGGGGUAAAAUACACAAAAGUUUGGAUUUGAAAUCAAACAAUGACUAUGAGGUUAAAGUGCAGCCUGUCAGCUUUCAUUUGAGGAUAUUUAUAUCCAUAUCGGGUGAACCGUUUAAAAAUUACAGCACUUUCUGUACAUAGUCCCCCUAUUUUAGGGGAGCAAAAGUAUUGGAUUGGGACAAAUUCACUUAUAUGUGUAUUAAAGUAGUAAAAAGUUAAGUAUUUGGUACCAUUUUCAUAGCACGCAAUGACUACAUCAAGCUUGUGACUCCACAAAUUUGUUGGAUACAUUUGCUGUUUGUUUUGGUUGUGUUUCAGAUUAUUUUGUUCCCAAUAGAAAGUCAUGGUAAAUAAUAUAUUGUGUUAUUUUGGAGUCACUUUUAUUGUAAAUAAGAAUAUAAUAUGUUUCUAAACACUUCUACAUGAAUGUGGAUGCUACCAUGAUUACGGAUAAUCCUGAAUGAAUAAUGAUGAGUGAGAAAGUUAUAGACGCACAAAUAUCAUCUUAAAUUAAAAAAAGUAUAGAGACAAAUCUACAAAAAUUACUUCCCUCUUCAAAUACACAUGGAGGGAAGUGUAUAUCACACAUACAGUAUAUUAUGUAUAUAAGAGCCAGGCUACAUACAACAGUGGCAUCAUAUUGUCCUGUAAUUUGGGUCUGACAUUUCACUCAGAGGUCAAUUGUGUAACAAGGACUCAGGAGGGUGAGAAGAUUCACACGGACCUUCUUGGUAGUGAGAGUGGCCUUUAGGGGGGCAGUGCAGCAUGGAUAUAUAGACUGCAGGGAGGCCUACUACUGGAGGAGGUGGGCACCAUAAGGAGGUUACAGAAACCUUACAAAGUACUUCAGGUCCCUUUAUUGGUGUUCCAGGAAUUAGUCUCGCAUCUUGAGCUCAUCAGCUAAGCGACAAACAUUUACAGACCACGUUGACAUACUGUAGACGACAACACAAGGUCACAAAUAGAAAGGAAAAUAAACAAAUGGGAUUGAAAUACUUUGGAGGUUAUUGAGAAGUUGUUGAUACUUGAAAAAAAUAUCAUAGUAUCAUAUAAAUGUAACUGCCAGAAUAAAGGAAACACCAAUAGGGCAUUGGGCCACCACGAGCCAGAACAGCUUCAGUGCACCUUGGCAUAGAUUCUACAAGUGUCUGGAACUCUAUCGGAGGGAUGCGACACUAUUCUUCCACGAAAAAUUCCAUUAUUUGGUGUUUUGUUAAUGGUGGUGGAAAACGCUGUCUCAGGCGCUGCUCCAGAAUCUCCCGUAAGUGUUGCUUAAUUGCUUAACUAACUCAGGAACCACACCUGUGUGGUUGAAAGCACCUGCUUUCAAUAUACUUUGUAUCCCUCAAGUGUUUCCAUUAUUUUGGCAGUUCCCUGUAGAUUGGAUUGACACAUGCAAUAAAUAAUAAGAAUAGGAAAAUAGAUGGAAGAGAUUAUUAUAUUUAGGCUGCUAAAGGAUUGCAGGGUUUGCUGGUUUUUCACUUAACACUUAAUAAACUCCAAUUAGGGAACGAGUCAUCUGCAGCUGGGUCUUUCCCUGGUGGAAACGUGAGGCUCAUUGACAUUGACAAACAACACCUUAACCCACUCUGGGAAUCUGGCAGCUUUCAAUCAUCUAAUCAGGAUUUAAAUGAAUCAGCCGACACUGCAGCCUUUCAUUUCAUUUUUAAUUUAUGGUUAAUUUGGAUAGGUACAAAUACAAAUACAAAACAUCCUUUACACACUAAAGGACCUGGGUUAUCCACGCUCUAUAAAAGGGGCACAGAUUUUAGAAAGGCCAAUACUUGGUGGUGGUUGGGGGUUGUAUGUAAUAUGUGAUGAACAGGGUUUCAUGGUCCCAACACAAAUGUCAAAUGUGUAUAGUCACAGUACGUAGCACACUUUUUUAAAAACUGCAUUCUAGAAUGAAUAAAUGUAGGAUCUGUAUCCCCCGAACAAGAAUAGAACCAAAUCAACCAAUGAGGGGGAAGAUCACAUCAGAGGGGUUGAGCUCCUCCCAGUCUAUCACAUCAUAUAUACACUCUUAGAAAAUAAUUGCUAACUAGAACCAUAAAAGGUUCCUACAAGUACAGCCUGGUAGAACACUUUAUGGACAAUUUUUUCUAAGAGUGUAUACAGUACGUGACCCUGCUGUUUGCUCUCCCCAGCUGUGAGAGAGACAGGAUGGCAGUGUCCUCUGCGCCCGCUGCUGUAACCGCUGUAGGUGAGCGAAACAAGCGCUCUCUGAGUGCUAGCAGUGAGGACAGCUCAGGAAGUUGGUCCCAGAUCGCCCCCGAUGACGAGCCCCACGAGGAGACCAGUAGUUUUAUCCAGCUGAGCGAGGGGUCAGUAACCGUAGCAACCAACCGCUGCUCCGUCCCAUCAUGCACUGCUCCGAGCACUCCUACCGCUACUACCGCCCUCGCCGUCCGUCGCCCUCUCAUCAGCCCAUUGCUGCUCACUCUUUGCUGUCCUGUGCCAGUCUUCGGCCCUUGCUGCUUCAGUGGAAUAGCUGUAUGCCCGGGGGCUUUCCUCUCACUGGCAGAGAGCUCAGCUAGUACACUGAGCCCCACUCCAGAGCCAUCAUUUUGUCAGAGUGGGGCUGCAGCCGCAGUAGCAUAGGUAUGACGUCACACUGCUUCUCACACAUUAAAGGCCCACAGAACAUUAGCUUUAUCAUUCCCUGCUUCAGCUAGUGCCAUUUCUCAGUUCCACUAGCUAGCCUCAUACUGACACACAGCCAAGCCAAAAGCCUGAGGUAGUAAGUCUAUUACUGGCAUUCCUCUAAGCCAGGAGAAAUGAGACCAGGGUAUAGAUAACAAAGAGUGGGAUGGAUACGUUUCUAGGCUCCAGAGGACUAGGAGGAGGGCAGUGUGGCUGGCUGGCUGGCUUCAGCUUGGCAGUAGUGGUGAUGAAAUGUGUGCUGCUUUCUGCUUUAACCUGCCAGCGCAGACAGCUGUGGCAUAAACAAACACCUGGUCACUGUUGCCUUCCUCUCCGCCUGACCACCUCAUCCCCGAUUAACUCCACGGUGACACUGCUCACACUGGACAUGGUCGCCCACUCCGCCCAACUGCUCAAUCUUUCCACAUCCCCCAUCUCCACAAGGAAGGGCCCAAUGCCAGUCAGGCUCUCUCUGCCAGCCCAGCCGUCCUGCUCAGCUGCAGCUGCUGUUUCUAUGUUAAUCACCAGCUGAUGAACAACAUUGCUCGCUUCACCGCAGCUCCUUAUUGUUCCCUUCACAAGUCACUGAUCUUGUCGCCUUUCCAGAGACAGGAAAUGAGUUUUAGUUCUGUUUGGAUUUGCAGGAACGGGAACAGCAGCACGUCUAGCCUGGGUCUGGCAGACCUGGAGGGCUUCUCUGACAUCCCCACUCAGAGCACAGUGAACAGGUAACUGAUAACUCCUAACAUGCAAACAACCCUCCUACAACAUGCAGGCUACACUCCUACAACAAAGCGCUGAGGCUUUAAACAAGGCCCUUUGAACAGGAGAAUGUAGCCUUAUAGGCUCCAGUCUGAUUCUCUCUCUAGUCUCUACCCUGUUUAUGAAGUGUGUACCUGUUCACUCCACCUCACAAAGAGAUCAAACAAUGUAGGAAAUGUGGUGGAUGCUCCAUCCGGCUAGCUAGCCCAUGCUUACACUAAUUACAUGUUUUUAAUCCAUGACAGGGAAUAAGUAAGUUCACACUUACGGCUAGAUGAACUAAGCGUUUGCACCUAUUUUUAUAAAGGAAAUGAAACAUUCAGGACAGAACAAAAAGGUAAGGAGAAAGAUUAAGAUCGAUAGAAAGGUGCAAAAUAAUACCUUUUUGCUUUGUUUUUGGUGUGUUAUCCCUUACUGAAAAACCCCGAUGCUUAGUAAAUCUGGCCUAAGGGUAUCAAGUGAGAAAAUCAGAACGCAUCCUACGCAUCCUACUUGUCUUAAUGGUCAUGCUCUCUGUCCUCAGUGAGGAGGCGGAGAAGGAUUACCUAAGGGAGAACGUAGAUGGUGAGUAGUGUCACCCUGUCUGAGUCAUACACACACACACUACAGGAAACUCAACUCUCUCGGUCUCCCCUACUGUCUCAUCUUUGUUCUUGUUCGUCUUCGCGAUAACCUCUAUUCAACCUCUUCCCUGUAAGAUCUCUACACACUGAGUAUUCUAUGAGUCGCUCACAUGAUCUAUCUAUAGCUACUUGGUGUGACUAAUUCCCCAGAUACUGGAGAAAAGCAGUCAAUGUAAUGUGUAACUCAAAUGUCGAAAUGGUAAAUAUAUCACUGCUUUAUCUCUGCUGUGCUGCCAAUUAAACAUUUUAGGUCAAUAUAACAACAUUGUAUCCAGUGUUGGGGAAGAUACUCUGAAAAUAUAGUUUACCAAGCUACAAAUUACUUCACACUGGAAGACGUUAGCUACCCUUAAGAAAAAUAUAGCUUACUUAACUAUAUUUACUUAGAAAAAGUACUACAUCCAAACUACACUACCAGUCAAAUGUUUGGACACACCUACUCAUUCAAGGGUUUUCCUUUAUUUUUACUAUUUUUUACAUUGUAGAAGAAUAGUGAAGACAUCAAAACUAUGAAAUAACACAUAUGGAAUCAUGUAUUAAACAAAAGAGUGUUAAACAAAUCAAAAUAUAUUAUAUUUGAGAUUCUUCAAAUAGCCAUCCUUUGCCUUGAUGACAGCUUUGCACACUCUUGGCAUUCUCUCAACCAGCUUCAUGAGGUAGUCACCUGGAAUGCAUUUCAAGUAACAGGUGUGCCUUCUUAAAAGUUAAUUUGUGGAAUUUAUUUCCUUCUUUUGAGCCAAUCAGUUGUGUUGUGACAAGGUAGGGGGGGUAUGCACACUCUUGGCAUUCUCUCAACCAGCUUCACCUGGAAUGUUUUCCAACAGUAUUGAAGGAGUUCCCACAUAUGCUGAGCACUUGUUGGCUGCUUUUCCUUCACUCUGCUGUCCGACUCAGCCCAAACCAUCUCAAUUGGGUUGAGGUCAGGGGAUUGUGGAGGCCAGGUCAUCUGAUACAGCACUCUCUUCUUGGUAAAAUAGCUCUUACGCAGCCUGGAGGUGUGUUGGGUCAUUGUCCUGUUGAAAAACAAAUGAUUGUCCCACAAACCAGAUGGGAUGGCGUAUCGCUAUAGAAUGCUGUGAUAGCCAUGCUGGUUAAGUGUGCCUUGAAUUCUAAAUAAAUCACAGACAGUGUCACCAGCAAAGCACCCCCACACCAUAACACCUCCUCCUCCAUGCUUUACGGUGGGAAAUACACAUGUGGAGAUCAUCCAUUCACCCACACCGCAUCUCACAAAGACACGGUGUUUGGAACCAAAAAUCUCCCAUUUGGACUCCAGACCAAAGGACAAAAUUCCACCGGUCUAAUGUCCAUUGCUCUGGUUUCUUGGCCGAAGCAGGUCUCUUCUUCUUAUUGGUGUCCUUUAGCAGUGGUUUCUUUGCAGCAAUUAACCCAUGAAGGCCUGAUUCACACAAUCCCCUCUGAACAGUUGAUGUUGAGAUGUGUCUGUUACUUGAACUCUGUGAAGCAUUUAUUUGGGCUGCAAUUUCUGAAGCUGGUAACUCUAAUGAACUUAUCCUCUGCAGCAGAGGUAACUGGGUCUUCCAUUCCUAUGGUGGUCCUCAUGAGAGCCAGUUUCAUCAUAGCGCUUGAUGGUUUUUGCGACUGCACUUGAAGAAACGUUCAAAGUUCUUGAAAUGUUCCGUAUUGACUGACCUUCAUGUCUUAAAGUAAUGAUGAACUGUCGUUUCUCUUUGCUUAUUUGAGCUGUUCUUGCCAUAAUAUGAACUUGGUAUUUUACCAAAUAGGGCUAUCUUCUGUAUACUACCUUGUCACAUCACAACUGAUUGGCUCAAACGCAUUAAGAAGGAAAGAAAUUCCACAAAUAACUUUUAAGAAGGCACACCUGUUGAUUGAAAUGCAUUCCAGGUCACUACCUCAUGAAGCUGGUUGAGAGAAUGCCAGGAGUGUGCAAAGCUGUCAUCAAGUCAAAGGGUGGCUAUUUGAAGAAUCUCAAAUAUAAAAUAUAUUUUAAUUUGUUGAACACUGUUGGUUACUACAUGAUUCCAUAUGUGUUAUUUCAUAGUUUUGAUGUCUUCACUAUUAUUCUACAAUGUAGAAAAUAGUAAAAAUAAAGAAAAUCCUUGAAUGAGUAGGUGUGUCCAAACUUUUGACUGGUACUGUACAUCCUGAAAAAAUACAUGUAAAUCUGAAAUGUCAUUGACUACAAAUUGCAAGAACAGAUCACUCUGGAGUCAGAUGUUAACAGAAUGUGUAAUUUAGCCUAUUAAACACAAAAAGUGAGAAUUAGGCAGGUUUGAUGCUGAAAAAGAAAGGAAAAUCUUGCCUACUUCACCCAUAUUGUAUUUUUGCAAAAUAAAGUUGUGUGUAGUUCCAGUAGUUAGCUACAUAACUACAUGGGGGGAAAAAAAGUAAUUAACUACUAAAAACACUACCAAGAUUUUUAUUUAGUUCAACUACCACCAAGCUACUGCAAAAUGUCAUUAAAUAGUUGAACUAAAUGUAUUUCACUACUCCCCAACACUGAUGGUAUCAAUCCCUCCUUACCCAACCUAUCUUGAACCUAUUUGAUGCCAAAUCCAUCCAAUGUGCCAUCAGACCUCAGCAUAGUUUUGGCAUUGAAACUGCAAGUUAGCUUGAUGUAAACAGAAAGUGGGCAUUAUGUAUUUCCUGUAUGUGUUGCAGAGGGCAUCUCACUGCGGUCAGUAGGGGGCAGUAGCAACCACAGGGAGCUUCUGGUGGUCAACUGUGACUUGGAUCCAGAGUGUGUGGACUCAGAGCUUCGCUUGGCCCUGCAGUGGAUCGCUGCCUCCGAGCUGGGCCUGCAUGCCGUCUACUUCAGGAAGUGUAAAGACAGGAGGACGUCCAAGGUGGGUGCAGCACAGCACAUCCAGGUACACAGGCUCUGAUUAUGCCUGUACGUGUGUGUGUGUGUGUGUGUAUUGUACUCUGUUAUGUAUAUGUCUUGUGUAGUGCACAAGGAGCAUGGUAAUCUGGCUGAGUGUGAUGUCUCAGUUCCAGAGGGUGGUGCAGCUGGUGUCUCAGAAGGCAUGGAGGAUCAGAGAUCUCUUCAGCGCUGUCAUCCAGUUCUGUAAGCUCCACCAGGAAGAGGAGGACGGAGGCAGCUCUCUGACCAGCCUGUUUGACUGGCUACUGGAGACCCACUAG